AUGCAUGGAACCUCUCGGGCAGGGCCGGCCGCCCCCACCUGCCUCCCGAGGGCACCCAUCCUGCUGGGCGAGGAGCCUCCCGCCUCCUGGGCAGCCCAGUGUCUACAUCCGCCUCCUCUGGGGCUGGCACAUCUCCCUGAGGCGGAAGCAGGUGAGCACAGGGCUGCCCAGACAGCGUGGCUGCUUGGGUCAGAGGUCACGGGCUUCAUCCACAGGGAGUGGCGAACCCUGCAAUCUCCUCUCUGUGGCACAUCAGGGUCGCUCACUGCCCAGUGCGCACUGACCACGCCGAGGGCACCCUCCCGUGACUUCGUGACUUCGGACCCAGCGUCUGGGAGGCGUUGCCUUGAGUUACAACCGCGGACGCAACAACUGGACAGAGUUUCCGGGAGAAGCGUUUCCAACCGUCGGAUCCACACCUUGGACUUCAGCAGAGCCACACCCGGGAGCCGCCCCUCACACCUCCUGUCCUCACCCCGCCCUGCCCCGCAGGCUGUUCCCAUCUGCCCUCCCAGGCCGGGCAGAGGCGGGCAGAGGUGCAGGGAGGAGCCGGCCACCCCCUCAGGGUCCACCGUGGCACUGGGGCCCCCACCUCUGGCCCUGAGGAGAGUGGGAGGCAGGGAUUGUGGAAAAACUUUGGGGAGAAAAACCUCAAGGCGGAGGACAGGCCCUGCCCACACGUGUCAGUGGAAUGCGCGUCCAUCUGACCUACUUUUCUGAAAUUAUUUCCUCCUCCCACACCCACCCCAUCGCAUCCCUCCACCCGCCUCGUCGCC